AUGGCCGGGCAGAAUAAGAACCUCGCGGGCCCGGACGCGAUGACGCUCGAGGAGUGCGGCCCGUACGGAUGCGGGUACCACAAAUUCGCGGUGUUCCAAUUCCUCGUCGUCAUCUGCGUCACGUACUGGCUCUUCACGAUGCUGUGGAUGGGGAUGUAUCUGAUCCAAAAAGUCCCCCCCGCGGGCACGGAGUUCAUGAUCUACGCCGUGUUCAACGUCCUUAUCCUCAUCGCGUUCAGCACGUCGUGGACGGAGUGCAACGAGACGAUCGUGGACCCGACGUAUCCGGUGUGUAAGCGCGCGACGGGCGCGAAGGCGUCGAUCGCGUUCGCGAUGUUCACGUGGCUCGCGCUGUGCGUCUCCAUGAUGUUCACGUGGAAAGAAUGGAGGGAUCAGAACUACGAAGGGCUGCCGAUCUUCGGCGAUUUCUCGAGCUUCAUGCCGGGCGGCGGCGGCGGCGGGAUGGGCGGCGGGGGCGGAUACGAGCGCCCGUCCGACGUGAACACGCAGACGUACGCGUGA